AUGACGCUCUGGAUGCCGUGCGUCGUCGUCAGUGGGCAACGGAACCAGGCGAUGCGUCCGCCGACGGUGAAUUGGUUACAUCCGCCAAAGGGACACACCAAGGGUGGGACGACGCUCGGGAUUUAUGGGAGCGGUUUCGCGAACUCGCCGAGACUGAAGGUUCGGUUCGCGUCCGUGUCAGAGAUAACCGAGGUUCAGGCGACGUGGGUGUCCAAAUCGAUGAUCACGGUGGUGACGCCCGAACGCGCGGCGGCGGGUAUAGCCGGGAUCACGGUGUCCAACGACGGUGAGACGUACAGCGCCAUGCCAAACGUGUACAUCAAGGGGUCUGGGACGUACGAGGCGUACGAGUUCGACGACUCAAAGCCAGGAUAUUACGGGGGCGCGGAUAACGCGAAUAAUUAUCGCGAGAUAUGGGUGGCGAGUAACACGAGUGGACCGUAUAUCGGUGGAACACGAGUGAGACUCGACGCGGUAGGAUUAGAUUUAGGAGGGAACACGCUCGGAGCGAGCGACGUGUACAGAGGACCGACGGACGCGUCCACGCAUUUCCCCACUUCCCGAAAGGUGUACGGAACUUUCUAUCCAGGGUCUAAAUUGACGGUUUCUGUGAAGUGCGACAUCGACUUGAAUGGAGAUGGCUCAAUCGCGUCGUCCGGGGAGUCUUUCACGAAGAUGGUCACGCCCACGUGGCUUAGUUACAUCGCUCUCGAGUUCGAGACGCCGAACAUGGACGUUCCCGUGGGCGUCGACGGGAGCACACCGCAUGUGCCCGACACGACGUGCAAGAUAUACGUUUCCAACGAUGGGACAAAUUAUGACAGCACGUACGCGAGCUUCACGUACUCGGAUCCCUUGCCGACGGUGUCAAGUAUUUACACGACGCAGUCCUCGGUGUGGGGCGCGCGAGGUCCGUUCGAUGGAAAUACCGAGGUAAUCGUCAAAGGUACCAAUUUCCUCCCGAGUAAAUAUCUCAAGUGCAAGUUCGGCGGGAUACCGGAGAAUGGAAAAUCACUGUGGGAUAGCGAUGAUGUGUCACACGUCGUCGGUGUACCGGGCGGACGCGUUCGCUGGGUGUCAACGACAGAGAUUCGUUGCAUCACGCCCGAAUUCGGCCCGGCUUCGAGGUUGGAUCAAUACCCCGGCGGGAGCAUUCCUUUGAGUGGUGACCCGGCGGCGAUUGGAGGGUAUACGAAGCAAGGGAAGGGAGAGACGGAGCUCGAUCCGGAGCAAGCGCAUGGCUCCUGGGUAAACGGCGUGUUCAACAUCACGGGCGCUCCCUACGAAGUAGUUGCUGUUGAGGGAGUUCCGGGGGCGAACCCGGAGGGAACACGACAUGUACCUGACAGUCCCGAGGAUCGAGGCUCGCUUCUCCCGGCGCUCGGAAAGGCGGGCUCGGACGGUUCGAUCAAACCUGCGCACCAAGAUUUGGUGCAGGUGAGCAACAAUUACAACAAAUGCGGCCCCGUCAGCUGUAACGAAGUGAGCGGGACGCCCACGCACGUGGGGUAUCGCGAUAAUCAGGCGAGUGCGUCGGCCCGUGGAUAUUGGAUGUGGAGCAGAGAUACGGGCGAUCCAGCCGAUUGUCAGGUGUCAGUUAACCCGCCUCGAAACGUCGACGGUACCUUGGCGGGACACAACCUCGACAAGGGCUCUGGGUGGUUCAUGAACGGCGGAUUGAACUACUACGUUGGCACACAGAGCAACCCAGACUUGGGACACCCGUCUAAGAGUUGUCUAUACUUCUUAUUCGGGGAUAUUUACGUAUCUCCGUCGGGAAGCGAUGAGACCGGGCACGGAACUGCGUCCCGGCCGUACGCAACUAUUCAGAAAUGCAUCAACUCAGCCCUCACUGGAGCACGCGAUUACCACGUCAACGCGGAUGGCGAAAAUGCGCCGAGUAUUCCCGCACGGAUUGCGGUGAGUGUCAAGAAAUACAGCGCGUCUCGCGUCGCUCGAGAUUUCGGAAACAGAGGCUACGGUUACACUGUCAAUCGAGACCGCUGCAUUCUGAAGGACGGAACGUACUGGGGUCCUGGGAAUCGAGAUCUUCGUUCCCACGGGCGCGUCAUCCAACUCUGGGCGGAGAAUGACGGCAAAGCCGUGAUUGAUUGCGAAGGCCAAUCCAUCGGAAAGAGCGUUCACGGAGCGAAGAUGGAUGGUUCGCGAACAACCGCGCUCGGCUCGAUCGCCACUCAAGGCGUCACGCUCGCGCGUUGCGGAUUCAAAGUGCCGUACGCUGCGGAUCACAAGACGCACUAUCCUGGUCGACCUAGUAAGUGA